AUGGAGUACACACUGGGACAUCAGUUAGAGAACAAGCAGAUUGAGAGAUAUGCGAGACAACUUAUUACACCAGGUGUUGGUGUUGUUGGACAACAAUGCUUGUUGAAGACAAGGGUACUAGUGGUUGGAGCAGGCGGAUUGGGAUGCCCAGUGGCAUUGUAUCUGGCUGGUGCCGGUAUUGGAUGUAUUGGCAUAGUAGACUAUGACGUUGUGGAGAUUGGUAACCUACAUCGUCAGAUUGGACAUUCAGAGCGCGCUGCUGCGUCAUGCGUCGCCAAGGCCAAGUCGCUGGCCGCCUCAUGCAUGGGGCUCAACUCAGACAUCACUGUGGUGGCUCAUGAGCUCACGUUCACCUCAGAGACUGCCAUGCAACUAGUGGCUCAGUACGACAUUGUUGUCGACGCUUCGGACAAUGUGGCCACUCGCUACCUUGUCAACGACGCGGCAGUGCUCAGCAAGAAGCCACUGGUCAGUGGCAGUGCACUCAAGUGGGAUGGCCAGAUCACUGUCUACAACUAUAACAACGGACCAUGCUAUCGAUGUUUGUUCCCCUCGCCCCCGCCCGCCGAGACUGUGACGCGCUGCUCAGAUGGCGGUGUGCUGGGCCCGAUCGUCGGUGUGGUCGGCUCGCUCCAAGCACUCGAAGUUAUCAAGAUCGCCACGAACAAUGUUGAAGGCGUGCUUAGUGGACGACUGAUGCUAUAUGACGGCCUGGCCGCAUCAUUCAAGACAGUGCGCAUCCGUACCAAGCAGGCCACCUGCGUGGUGUGCGGCGACCAACCCAGCGUGACAGCACUCAUUGAUUAUCCUCAAUUCUGUAGCUCGCCCUACAGUGACAAGGCGACCAAGGUGGACGAUCGCAUUGACGCCUCACUCAUCCUGACAUGCCAGGAGUUCAAGCAGCAGGUACUCGACGCACAGGCUGCUCACCUCCUCCUGGACGUGAGGCCUAAGCAACAGUUUGACAUCUGCUCGUUGCCACUAUCCAUUAAUAUUCCAAUCGAUGACCUUACAAAGGCGGAGAACAUCAAUCGAAUCGAACAGCUUGUCAAGUCGGCUGAUCCACCACUUCCAAUUUAUGUAGUUUGUAGACGAGGUAACAAGUCGCAGGACGCCACAGCGAUACUACGUCAGCGACUGACCGACGCUGAGUCGUUGGCUAUCAAGCACAUCAAGGACGGCCUGCUGGGCUGGAGUGAGCAGGUCGACCAAGCCUUCCCAAUCUACUGA